GCGCCUCCUCUGCUCGACUCACAAUUUAGAAUUUAGAACAAAACAGUCGAGAUCUAACCCUCAAACAGUGAACAUAAACCCACUCUAUGCUUCAAAUUUAGAAAACUUGUAUUUUAAAUGAUUAAAAGUAGGGAAAAAAGUCUAACUAUAACAGUGAUAUGAUAUCUCAAUAAUAUUAAAAACUAAAGGUUUGAUAAACGAAAGUGAAAGUUGAAUAAUACACAAAGCUCAGAGAGAACGAGAGAGAGAGAGAGUGGAACAACUUUCUCUGAAACUGUUUGAAUGGUUUGAGUUUAUGUUCAACGUCUCGCCUGGAUUCAAUGUGUUCUAGUCAACAACGUCUAAAUCUGUGAUUUCGCAAAUGCGGGAACUAUUCAAAAUGGCGGGGAAAAAUUCCGCGCCAGAAAUGAAAAAGUCGUCUUUCUAUGUUUGGUUCCUGGGUGCUAAGGAGUCCCGAGGGUUGCGAGGAGAGGAGUUUAUAUCUCCUGUUGUGAAGCAUCUAACAUCAAGGGAGAAGGAUCAGGAACCGAUCAAGGUUACCCUUGAACUCAGUCAGAAAGGGAUGAAGAUCGUUCAAAAUCUUCCCUCAACUCGACCUGCGGAUAACUACAGGGAGAAUAUAAAGCAUUUUAUCCCGAACAGUUCUCUCACCUGUGCAGUGCAAGAAGAAAGACCUAACUCUGAUAUAGUAUCAGUAAUCCUGCUCAUUUAUAACCCUGCUACAUCCUGUCCUGUUCAUGUACACAGCUAUAGAUGUGACUCCCCUGAGACAGCUUCACUGCUUCUGGCUCAGCUCAACCGGCUCAUAGAGAAACCAGAUAAUCAGAAGAAGUUUCAGGAAAUUGAAAAUCGGCUACAGGAGAAAGGUCUGCUGCAGAGAAAUAGUUCCAGUGCGGGAAGCUCUCGUCUAGGUUCAGAUGGUCGAAGCCUAGGACGUGGAUCAGACUCCGGGGCAGGAUCAGACCGGGGUUCUCAGCUCAACCCUACGGAUAGGAUCGCGAGCAUGUAUGAUAGUUUAGCUGCUGAGCUGCGUGAGAAGUUGACCGGAAAGGAACCUCUGCUGCUUCCUCCCCGGGACUAUGAUACUAUGCAUAGAUCACAGGGGAAUAUUUUCGGGGAGCAAAGACGGAGUUUGGGGGCGGGGGCAGAGCCCCAGCAGACACCAGAGACGGGCUUAGAGAACUGCUCAGGGGACUCGAGUGGCAUUGGGUCCGAUUGCAAUCCCUCCAGUCCGGUUCAUGAUCCGUCCAGUUCGGUUCAUGAUCCGUCCAGUCCGGUUCAUGAACCAGUUUUUCACGGGGAAUUUUCGUCAUCAGGUAGAUCCACGACUAUCUUAAAGAGACAAGUGAAGGACGUAUUGCUUCCUGAACCUGUUUGGACUGAAGAUCCUAAACCUCUCUCCUCCAGGUUCUAUCGGAGCAGUUCUCCGAGUAAAGUUAAACCAGAACCUCCAGACUGUCCAAGAAACAGGUUUAAAGGAGCCAAACAGCUGUUUCUGUCUCUAGAACGGAAGAAAGAUAAGGUUAUCGCCGAAAGAUCUGUUUCUCCGCAGAGGAAUCUCCAGGUGUCCAAGAUACCUGCGACCAGGAAAGGACGGGAGAAGGAGAAGGUUUCCACUAGUUUGGAGAGAAAACAAUUGGCCGGUCAGGAUAGAUGGUCCAGGUAUGAGAAGGAGGCGACACCCGCCACUGAGGCCGAAUCCCGGUGGCCAAAAUCUGACCAAGAUACCGGAUACGUUUCCAGAUAUUCUAGAGAUAAAUCAAGAAGUCGAGAUUUCGACGAGUCUCCACCGUCGACAAGUCGACCAAAUAUCUUUACAAAAUCUGGGAAGAAAACCAGUCCAGACAAUAAAGAUAAAUACACGAACAGACGCCUACCAAGGUUCUUAUCACGAGAAACCCUUGAGUCGGAUGGAUAUGACAAAAUUGAGGAGUUUGAGGAACCUGAUAUUCAGAGACACAAGGUGAAGAGAAACCCGUCCCGGACCAGUCUGAAGCAUGAAUACAGAAGGGAGGAGAAUAUUGCUCCGGAGGGUCCUAGACGAGGGAUGCUAAGACGGGAGAUGACAGAGUUAGAUUUGAAGGGAUAUCAGCAGCAUGCCGGACUCCAGGACGGGUUCUCAAGAAAAUAUAUUCCCCGGCAGGGACCAAUCUGGACUGGGAAGGAAAGAGCUCUAAGUCCUUCACGCGCCCUAAGUCCAGUACGCGCACGAGAUGGUGUGUUGGCAACAAAAGUUAUAACUUCAGAGUACAGACGAGACGGAAGAGGUAUCCCUCGAAGCCCAGAUAGAUAUCCGUCCCUGGAUCUUCGUAAGGACAAGAGACAGCCCGUGUUUGAGUCUGAGAUAAGACGGAUUGAACCUGGACAAGAUUUCCGGAGAAGAUCCUAUCAUGAACUCUCUGAUAUUGAUAAACUUGAUCCUGGACCCAGAAACUUCCAGCACUCAGGACGGAAGAUUGCUCCUGAGCCUCUAGGACUGCCUACUCGGAGCUCUAGGACGACUACGACCUAUAAACAAGUUGGGGAGCAUCAUAGAUAUCCAGGCCUAGACAGGGAGAACUCCAGACUCGGUCCAAUGUCGUUAAAGCAUUCAGGCGGUCUUCAGAGACAAUUUGAACAUAUGCCAAACCGCCAAUUUUCCUACGAUCAUCCGGCCAAUAUGCCGUUUAAUCAUCCGGCAAAUCGUCCGUUUGACCAUCCUGGUAAUCGGCCGGCCAUGUACCGACAUAGUUACGCUGAAACCUCCUCCCCACCUAGCUUUGCGAGGGUGUCUCCUAGUCCUCUGGGUAGGUUUGGUAUAGCAUCACUGAAACCCUACUAGUCCUACCUACUCAUGGAAACCAAUUAUCUUUAUAUAUAAAGUUGUAAUCUCUGUUUGUCUGUUUGUUUGUCCGAUCAUAACUCGGGAACCCCUAGACAGAUUGCCUCUAAUUUUGAUUGGGGAAGUCGGGAAAGCCACGGGAAUGUUCUAUUGUUUUGAGAUAUUAAAACAAGUGGGUCCACCUUUAUAUGGAAAAAUAGCUAAAAUCGUAUUUUACGACAAAGCGCGGGUAACCGGUGGGACUAAUCAUGACACCCCUGGGCAGAAAGUGGCUCAAUGGUUUUUCAGAUUAUUUUAAAUUGAUUAAAACUAGUGUUUUUCUUCAAAUUUUACCCGUGUCAGCUAGUUACCAUUGCACCAUUAAAUGAUGAUUAUUUUCUGAGACUUCCUAUUUUUAAAGUAUUUAUAUUUUGUGUUGAUUUAAGUUUCAAAGAAAUUAUUACGAAAUUUCCAGAGUAGAACCUGGGUUGAAAUCCUCAAUACAAAAAUAUUGCUGAUCAACUGACUAUUUUAUUAGUAUUUUUCAAUACUCCUUUUCAAAAUUUUAAAUGAAAUUUUCUUUUUAUGAAAAGCAGGAAUUUGUAUUGGUUUUUUUACUGUGCUGAGAGAUAUGUACAAUACAUCGUAUUUGUAUGGAAUGUUGAUGUUUAUUUCAAUACUUAAGGAGUUUACAAGUAAACAACUUUCCUCCCUGUUCAUGAAUUUAAAAAAGAAACUUUGUCUAAAAUUCACAUUUCUUAAAAGAUUUGUGUUCUGUAAACUCAAAGUUGAUGUCGAAAUUUUGCUCAUUAUUGGUAUAUUUUAUUAUUAGCAUAUUUUAUUAUUGUAU